AUGGCUGCUCACUGCCGCAGAGGCUCCCUGCCACCUGGCGGCCGCGGCGCCGCCGCCGUGGCCGCCGCCGCAGCCGCCAUUGCGCGCCAAACUCGAACCGCCUGCGCCGCAGCCGCAGCAGGGGCGGCGCCGGGGACUCCUUGCGGGGCAGCAGGCGGCAGGGUCCUCCUCGACCCUCUGCCGCGCAAAGGCCGCAGGAGCUUGGAAGUCGCCCUGCUUUUCCCCUGCAGCGCCUCCCAUGCGCUGCCUGCUGACAGCUGGACGGCCUUCACUUGUCUCUUUGUGUUCACUAAACCAGUUCGAAGGCUUUAG